AUGUUCUGCUUUCGCGAUCAUACGUGCAAUCGAAAUGUCAUUGUGUCUCACCAUUAUCCGCUGACUCGGCCUACCCUCCAUGAUUUAUUCAAGUACGCUGCCAACCAACAAUCUUGCUUCACCGACAUUGAUGACAGUCUACUAACAUGUUUAGUUCACUUGGGCUCCUUCAAAUGUGUUCCGAUGGCGAGACAGAUGCGUGACAGCUCAGAUCAUCCGAGACGGGAGCUCCAUGCUCCCUUGUCGACGCCCGACCAGCACAUCCUACGCGAUGCCUUCUAUAAUACCUGGUCGUCGCGGUCCUUUCUUGUAUAA